CCAUCACCCACACACACCACCACACCGCGCACUGACACAGCAAGAUCGAGUCAGUCAAGAGGGCGAGGCGUGCACUGCUGGUCCUCCUCCUCCCGCGCAUGGUGCCCCGUCCCCGCCGGCCGGCGCCGACACAUGUUGCAUGAGCGGCACGCACCACCCUCCGCGUCCGACGACGAGGACGAUGCCCCAGGGGCCAACGACGAGGAGGGCACUCUGGUGACCACCACCGCCAGCACCACCAACACCACCUUCCACGACGUCGACGAGGUGAUCGAGGUGCGCGAGGUCCACCCCCUGUCGCCGCCGCACCCGCCCUUCACGCCGCCCACGCGCACCCUGUCCGCCGCCUCCACCGCCUGGGACAGCGCCAGCAGCCACCGCUCCGUCACCUCCGAGGAGCAGUUCAUGACGAUGAGCCGCGAGUUCACCGCCAUGGUCGCCGCCGGCGCCGGCACCGGGGCGGCCAACAGCAACCCCAACAGUAACAACAGCAACAGCAACCACCACCCAGGCGGCCCCUACGACGGCGGCCCCGACCAGCUGACCAGCAUCGGCGAGGACGAGCUGGAGGAGCACAACCCGCUGGCCAUCGUGCCGGACAGCGGCCGCCCCUUCGCCACGCCGCCCAGCAGGAGCGGCGGCAGCAGCGGCAGGGCGGCGCGGCUCGACCUUGAGGUCGUCCCCGCGGCCGGCCCGCCGGUGGAGGCGAGCCAGGUGAAGAAGGAGGAGGUGGAGACCAAGGUGUCGGCGUGGCAGACGGCGGAGAUCGCCAAGAUCAACAACCGGUUCAAGAGGGAGGAGGUGGUCAUCAACGGCUGGGAGACGGAGCAGGUCGACAAGGCGUCCGCCUGGCUCAAGAAGAUUGAGAGGAAGCUGGACGAGCAGCGCGCCAAGGCGGUGGAGAAGACGCAGAACGACGUGGCCAAGGCGCGGCACAAGGCGGAGGAGAAGCGGGCGUCGGCGGAGGCCAAGCGGGGGCUCAAGCUGGCCAAGGUGCUGGAGCUGGCCAACUUCAUGAAGGCCGUGGGCAGGGUGCCCACCAAGCGCUCAUUCUUCUAGCCCGCCGGCCUCCUCAACUGGAGAAUCUACGUAUGUGUUUUUGCCUAUAGGUCGUAAAGGGCGUGUGCUGCUGCAUCCGAUCGGCCGGGAAACCUAAUUGUAAAAAGGAUUUGAAACCUGCUGCUGCUGCCUCCGUUGUAUACUGGCCGCCGGUGGCGAUCACGGAUCACACGGUGGCGCUUUUUUGUUUGGCUUGUAUAUGCACGCAAAACUGGUGUGAAGAUGGAAUGAAUAGUGUGUUUGCCACAAACCUGCAAACAUUCAGAGCA